GAAUAUCUUCUUCUUCAGAAAACCAGCAAGGUGGAUGUGGAUUCGAGCGGAAAGAAGUGUAAAGAGAAAAUGAUUAGCGUUCUUUCAGAAACAAAAGCCCAGGCAGCACACAGAAGGUAUAAUUUAGCACUGUUUCGGCUAGAAAAGCAGCUUUGAAUUGAUAAUUACAUUCUGACACGGAAGCAGGCAUAUUCAUGAAGUCUUUCUUGUACAACAUAGGUUUCAGGCAUUUGAAGUCAAAGAGUACUCAACGCUGG